ACUCCGCACCUCGGAGUGACGUCCUGCUGCAGUGCCGCUGCCUGCGCUGCCCGAGCUCGUCAAUGGAGCUGGAAAACAUCGUUGCCAACACCGUUUUGCUGAAAGCCAGGGAAGGGGGUGGAGGGAAACGCAAAGGCAAAAGCAAAAAGUGGAAGGAAAUCCUGAAAUUCCCUCACAUUAGCCAGUGUGAAGAUCUGCGAAGAACAAUAGAGAGAGAUUAUUGCAGCAUAUGUGAAAAGCAGCCCAUCGGAAGGCUUCUCUUUCGGCAGUUCUGUGAAACUCAGCCCGAGCUCGAGUGCUGCAUUAGGUUCCUUGACUCGGUGGCAGAAUAUGAAAUUGCUCCAGAUGAAAAGCUGGGAGAGAAAGGAAAGGAAAUCAUGAUGAAAUACCUCACCCCAGAGUCUCCAGCCUAUGUUCCCGAAGUCAGUCAAGAGCUUAUCCAACAGACAGAGGAGAAACUCCAGAACAGCCCCUGCAAAGAGCUGUUCUCUCCCUGUACAAAAUCUGUCCUUGACCACCUCAGUGGGGAACCAUUCCAAGAGUACCUAAACAGCAUGUACUUCGACAGGUUUCUCCAGUGGAAGUGGUUGGAAAGGCAACCAGUAACAAAAAACACGUUUCGGCAGUACAGGGUACUGGGGAAAGGCGGCUUUGGAGAGGUCUGCGCCUGCCAAGUGCGAGCCACGGGGAAGAUGUACGCCUGCAAGAGAUUAGAGAAGAAGAGGAUAAAGAAGAGGAAAGGCGAAUCCAUGGCACUCAACGAGAAGCAGAUUUUAGAAAAAGUCAAUAGUCAGUUUGUAGUCAAUUUAGCCUAUGCCUAUGAAACAAAGGACGCACUGUGUUUAGUUCUGACCAUCAUGAACGGAGGUGACCUGAAGUUUCAUAUCUACAACAUGGGAAACCCAGGCUUCGAGGAGGAAAGAGCUUUGUUUUAUGCAGCAGAGAUUCUUUGUGGCUUGGAAGACCUACACAGAGAAAAUACUGUGUACAGAGAUCUGAAGCCAGAAAAUAUCCUGCUGGAUGAUUAUGGCCAUAUUAGAAUAUCUGAUUUGGGUCUAGCUGUUAAAAUCCCCGAAGGUGAAUCAAUCCGUGGAAGAGUAGGAACAGUAGGGUAUAUGGCUCCAGAGGUGUUGAACAACCAGAGAUACACACUCAGCCCUGACUACUGGGGGUUAGGCUGUCUCAUUUAUGAAAUGAUUGCUGGGCAAUCACCAUUCCGUGGAAGGAAAGAGAAGGUGAAGAGGGAAGAAGUGGACAGAAGAGUGCUGGAGACAGAGGAGGUGUACUCCCAUAAGUUCUCUGAGGAGGCCAAGUCCAUCUGUAAAAUGCUCCUCACCAAAGAUGUGAAGCAGCGGCUGGGAUGUCAAGGGGAAGGUGCAGCAGAAGUGAAGAGACACCCCUUUUUCAAGAGCAUGAAUUUCAAGCGGUUAGAAGCAGGAAUGCUGGAUCCUCCCUUUGUGCCUGAUCCCAGAGCAGUGUACUGCAAGGAUGUGUUAGACAUUGAGCAAUUCUCCACAGUGAAAGGAGUUAACCUGGACCAAACAGAUGAUGAUUUCUAUUCCAAGUUUUCCACAGGAUCAGUGUCUAUUCCAUGGCAAAAUGAGAUGAUAGAAACAGAGUGCUUCAAGGAGCUGAAUGUAUUUGGACCAAAUGGUACUAUUUCACCAGACCUAAACAAAAGCUACCCCCCAGAGCCGCCCAAGAAAGGAUUGCUACAGAGAAUAUUUAAGCGACAGCAUCAGAACAAUUCAAAGAGUUCUCCAAAUUCAAAGGCCAGUUUAAAUCAUCACAUAAAUUCAAAUCACGUAAGUUCAAACUCCACUGGAAGCAGCUAGUUCCAGCUCAGUCCUAUGAAACAACAUGUUGCAUCCUUCCACUAUAAUCUCUGGAGCUUCUGUGGAUUGAGAGAGCCUCCACCAUCAAGUGAAAAAAAGAAAAUCUGGAUCUCCCAAAAUGGAGAUUUUCUAUCCAUUCCUUCCAGUGGAGCCUCACAUUUUAAGAAGAAAUUUCCACUCAGGUCUGUUUUUGGAGGUGGCACUCAAGACUGUGUGAAUCAAAUUUGUCUCUUUAGAACAUUGCAAUAGAAAUUCAAUGAACAUGACUACUUGCACGUAUUUAAAUAGCAUCAUACUAGAACUGAAUUUUGUCUUUAUUAUUUUUAAAGAAAAGUUUUGUAAAUUUCUCUAUUGUCUCAGUUUACAUUUUGUACAUUUGUAUUUAAAUGAAAGUCAGACUUUGGAGGUGUAUAUUUUCCAAGCAGCAGUUGUAAAGCCAUGUGUUUUAAGACAUUUUUUUAAAAGAAACAAAAUGUGACUCAAGACUUCCAGAGCCUCAAAUGAGAAAUCAUUCUUUUUAGCAACUCUAGAAAAUUCUUCAUAAAUCACUUUAUCAGACGGGGGUUUAUUGACAUGCAUUUUUAUGGAACAGUUUAUUCUUAAUUAUUUUACAUCUGUAUAUUUGGUUUACAGCAACACUGCAUACAUUUCUCCUAUUCAUUAGUUUGUAAUGUCUCGCAUUAAAUGCUAAAAGACAAGAUUUGGAUGCAUUCAAGAAUGCUACUUGCUACGCUGAAGGUUUGUGAUGUCUUGGGACCAGCACAGCUGAGAUUUGCACUUACGUUGUUAUUCCAUCAAAGGCCUUUUAGUUAGAAAGGGAGCCCUGUUUUAAUCUCUUUUCCUUCACUAGGGUUGUGCUGUUUCUAACAACAGAUGGAACAAAGCUGAGGGAGAGGUGACCAGGAAAGCAAAUGUCCAUUUAUUUUUCUAGGACUUCAAACCUGCACCUGCUGAAAUGAGAGCAAAACUCAAAGUAUUCUCCAUGCUGCAGUCAAAAACCCAAGGUCUUGCCACAGCUGCCCAUAUCAAAGAGGCAGCAGGAGAGAAGUUCAGCAGUCUGGUUUAUGCCAGCCAUAGAGAUUUGUGACAGCUUUGUAGAGCUGAGCUGUGGAGAUUCAGAGUGGGAUCUGAGCUGCUUUUGGGCAGUAGCAGAAUUUACAGGCUGUCCCUGCACUUAAAAUACUUCCAUGUGUCAUGCAAGCGUCCCCUGACACAUCCACCCAGUUAGAUCCCCAACUGAAUAAAAUGCCAGUAUGAAAUAAUAACUCCCACUUCCAGCUCCAACAUUCUUUGUCCAGGAUUCUUUAACCACUGACAAAAACUCUGUCCCCACCAGGAUGAGCAGGAUCAGGCAGGAUCACUAGCAGUACCACAGGCAUCAGAGUCAUGUUUUUCUCAAGUAUUUCAUUAUUAUUGUUAAGAAUACCUGAUCAAAAAUAUGGUUCCUUCCCUUCCACAGGAAUUGGAAAACCUUUGUGCCCCCAGCUGCAGGCAGGAUCUCUACAGCCCAAAGUGUUCUGUAGAGUGUAUUGGUUCCCCAUACUCUUUACAAUGUUGGCUAGACUAUACUGAUUUUUUUAAACCUUUAGGUCAUCAGGAACAUCUGAAAGCCACCCUGCUGUAUCUAAAAUUCUUUUAGCCAGUAGUGGAGCUACCGCGGGGCCCAAGGAAGCAAUGUUCCAGUGGGAGUCUAUAGCCAAAAUACAUUAAACUGCCAUGUGUGUGUUCUGUGUGGCCAGUGCUGAGGGGGAAGAGGAUGAAGGUUAGUAGUGGCAAAUUCCUGAGUGCAAAACACACAGAAAUGGCAAAGUAAAGCAGCUUGGAGUUGUGAGACAGAGAGACAGAACAGGGACUUGCAUAGAGCAGCUGACAGAGAAAAGUCAAGACAGGGAGAUGAGGCUUCAGCCAUUCUCCCAUGUCAGAUUCUGGCAUUGCAGAUCUUAUAGAAGAUGCAGGAUUUUAGAGAUUCCUAGAGAGAUGCCAUAAUUUGGCAUGUGAAGACUAAAAUUUUCAUUCUUUACCAUCUCCCAGUAUUGAGAAAUACCAGUAAAUCCCUUACUGAAAGCUGGUGAACAAAUUGAAAAUGUUGAUUAUAGCUGGUCUUACACUUUUUAGAUGCUACUAGGCUUAACUAGUGGUGGAUGACAUUUUAGGGACAGCAGUGAAUGACAGCACUUGUGCCUUGUCCUGCUCGCCUUUCAGUGAGGAAAGUCCUCACUCAGCAGCUCUAGGAGCCUGGCAGUGGGGAUUUAGGGACAGUGCAAAGUCCUGGAAGGAUGAGAGCACUCUUUCUCCUUGGAUACCUGGAGGACAUUAUGCUAGGGUUGGAUAUCCUGAAUUCUCGAGGUGGCACGGAAGAAGGGUGCUUUAUGUGCACCUGAAGGCAUCGAGCCUGGGAUGGAGCCCCUCUGAAUCCCACCUCCUUGGAGCAGUGAGAGAGGAAGGGGAGAGACAGAAAACACCACCAGUAGAGGGAGGUUUCCUGCCACAUCCCUUGAGUGUUUCUGUCCUGUCUGACAAACUACAAACAGUAUUACCAUGAUGGGGCAGCAGAACUUUCCAGCACUGAGCCCUGGAAGACUUAAAAUCCAUCAGAAGUGCUAAUGACCAGUCCUAGGGAUCUUCUUGUCACAGUUUGCCUACAACAACAAAACCUGCACGAUUUUUUUUUAUUGCUUGUUUUUGUUGGGAUUAUUUUUGGUUUUUUUAAUUUUUUCCGCUUACCUUACACUCAAAGCUGGAGUAGGAGCACAGUCCUUGCAUGUUCAUUGUGUAACCAGGUACAAUUUGUGCCCAGAACUCAGGGCUGAAGCCCUGUCAAGGCAGUGCCCUGCACAGCCAGGCUUCCACAGGCAUUUGGCCAUUGGAUCCGUGGAGUCAAAUUAAAAAAAUACCUGGGAACUUUGAAAAAAAACCUUAUAUUUUCAUCAUACAACCUUGGAGAGCAUUUGCAAUGAGAUUUUGAGCAUUUUGAUUCCAGGUGAAUUUUGAGAUGGGUUUGCACGUAACAAAGUAGUAGAAAGGAGUAGUUCUGUAAUAGCUUUCCAGACUGAUUUAUUUUCUCCAUCUCCGCUUCACUUACCAUCCAAACUCUUUCAAAAAAAAAAAAA